AUGAUGCGCGGGAAGGACCAGCGGCCCGCGGCAUUCUCCCCGAUGAGGGAGUCGGUGGCGGCGGCGGUGCAGGAGGAGGUGUGGGAGGUCCGGCCCAGCGGCAUGCUGGUGCAGAAGCGCACCCCGGACUCGGACCCGCCCCCCGGCGGCGCGCCCGUCCCCACCAUCCGCGUCAAGGUCAAGUACGCCGGCGUGUACCACGAGGUGUACAUCAACUCCCAGGCCUCCUUCGGGGAGCUCAAGAAGCUCAUGUCAGAGAAGACGGGGCUGCACCCGGACGACCAGAAGGUGGUGUACAAGGACAGGGAGCGCGACUCCAAGGCCUUCCUCGACAUGGUCGGCGUCAAGGACCGCUCCAAGAUGACGCUGCUCGAGGACCCCACCGCCCAGGCCAAGCGCCUCAUCGAAGAGCGCCGGAAUGCCAAGGCCCAGCGCGCCGCCAAGGCCAUCUCGCGCGUCAGCCUCGACGUCGACAAGCUCGCCUCCAAGGUGUCGGCGCUGGAGACGAUCGUUAGCAAGGGCGGCAAGGUGGUGGAGGCCGAUCUGGUCACGCUCACCGAGGCGCUCAUGAGCGAGCUGCUCAAGCUGGACGCCAUCGUCGCCGAGGGCGACGUCAAGGACCAGCGCCGGAUCCAGGAGAAGCGGGUGCAGAAGAACGUGGAGACGCUGGACGCCAUCCGCGCCAAGAUGACCAAGAAAAACAGUACACCUGCUGCAACGGCCAAUAAGGCCCGGGCGCCGCACCUGCCCCCUCGUCCGCCGCCGGCGCAGCAGCACCAGCAGCGCCGGCAGUUCCAGCCCGCUGCGCCCACCACGGCGACCGCCCCCGCGCCGCAGACCGCGACGGCGAGCUGGGAUACGUUCGACCUGCUGUCCUCCACGCCCUCUUCUUCCUCACCGGCGCCGGUGUCCACCAUGGCGCUGGUGACCACCACCUCGCCAUCCCCGAGGUUCGAGUGGGAGCUCUUCUAG